GCCCGCUCCGGCCCGGCCCGGCCAUGGUGCUGUCGCGGGCUGAGCGCUGCCUCGUGCUGCUCCUACGGCUGCUGUCACGCGCCCUCCUGGCGCUGCUGGCCCUGGCGGCGCGAGCCUCCUCCGCGCUGGCCCCCGCCCGCCCCCGCCCGCCGGGUCCCACCCUCCCCGCGCCGCCGCCGCCGGACGAGCUGUUGCUGCUGGUGCCGGCAGUGCAGCUGGCGCGGCGCAUCCGCUGCCGGCAGGUGAAAUGCGUUGAUGUUAUUCAAGCUUACAUCCAGAGGAUCAAGGAAGUCAACCCUUUUAUCAAUGCAGUUGUCAAGGACAGAUUUGAGGAAGCCCUACAGGAGGCCCAGCAGGUUGACAAACUGCUCUCAGAGGGUGUUGGAGAUGAAGACUUCCUGCAGGAAAAAUUUCCCUUCCUGGGAGUUCCUUUCACCGUCAAGGAGGCCUUCGCAUUGCACGGGAUGCCAAAUACUUCUGGCCUGAUUAGUCGUCGCAACUUGAUCUGCACAUCAGAUGCAAUAGUGGUGUCCCGGUUAAAGCAAGCUGGUGCAAUCCCGCUGGGGGUGACCAACUGCAGUGAGCUGUGCAUGUGGUAUGAGUCUAGCAACAAAGUCUACGGCAGAACCAACAAUCCAUACGACUUGCAAAGGAUUGUGGGUGGUAGUUCAGGUGGUGAAGGCUGUGUCCUGGCAGCUGCCUGCUCUGUAAUUGGUGUGGGCUCAGAUAUUGGUGGUAGCAUUCGGAUGCCUGCCUUCUUUAAUGGAGUCUUUGGACAUAAACCCACCACAGGGGUUGUCCCCAAUGAUGGUCAGUUCCCCAAUGCCCGAGGGGUGCGGAUUGACUUCUUGUGCACAGGUCCCAUGUGUCGCUAUGCUGAGGACCUAGAGCCUAUGUUGAGGGUCAUGGCUGGGCCUGGAGUUGAAAAGCUGAAGCUGGAUGAAAAGGUGGCUCUGGAGAAAAUAAAGUUCUACUGCAUGGAACAUGAUGGAGGAUCAGUUUUUGUGUCCCCUGUAGACAAGGAAAUUCUUCAGGCCCAGAGAAAGGUGGUGGAGUACCUGGAGGCUCAGCUGGGAGUCCAAGUUCAACACGUGUCAAUCCACCGCAUGAAAUAUUCAUUCCAGAUCUGGUCUGCUAUGAUGUCUUCCAAGGGCAGUGAUGGUCAGGAAGCACAGAUGUUCACAGACCUUCUUGGGGAUCAUGGGAAACCUGUAUGGCCAUCAUGGGAGCUACUGAAAUGGUUCCUGGGGAUGUCAUCACACACACUCCCUGCGAUUGCCCUGGGAUUGACUGAGAAGUUGAUGAAACUCAGCCCUGCUGCAAUGGCCAAGCUGGUGAACAUGGGACAGAGCCUCCGGACUGAGAUGGAGGACUUACUAGGAGCCAGUGGGUUGCUAUUGUACCCUUCACAUCCUAUAGUGGCUCCCAAGCAUCAUUUCCCCUUGGGGAUGCCCUUCAACUUUGCCUACACAGCUAUUUUCAAUGUCUUGGGCUUGCCUGUGACCCAGUGCCCCCUGGGCUUGAGCACUGAGGGUCUUCCCUUGGGAAUCCAGGUGGUGGCUGGACCCUUCAAUGACCAUCUAACAUUGGCUCUGGCUCAAUACUUGGAGAAGGCUUUUGGUGGUUGGGUUUGCCCUGGAAAAACAUAAUGCUGCAUUCAUAAGAUCCCAAGAUGGCAGGAAGAUGAAGAUAAUCUGAUUCACAAAAGCUGACAAUAGGUAUUAGUGCCUAUUGAGAUCAGGACAGGAGCAACUCUCUUCUGCACAGCCCAAACACCUUCCCAGGGUAGCUUGGGCAGGGCAAGCCAGCCAGGCCUCAAGUUUUCAUUCCCAUGAAUCAGUGGCAAGAUGCUACAGUUGAAGCUGUACGCUUAUGAUCUCAUGUUUCCAACUGGAACUUUCUCUUCUCCCUGCAUCCCAUGACAUGAGAGUGGGAGAGAAAAACCCCUUCCACUUUUCUUUCAUUAGAAACCCCAUAACUCCCAUGAAUUCUGAACAGAACACUUAGCACCUUGUUGGGGGAAGAGAUCACAUUUCUCUAGUCUGGGUGGGGCACUGAGACCACUACUUUCAAUAAAUUUCUUUUUCUGUAACAGUCGCUGCUUUAGAGAAAAAGAAAAGUGAUAGAGGGCAGGCUGGGGGAUAGGCAUGAAAGGAUUAUUUCUGGGAGUUUUGAGCACUGCUAUCCCUGGAAGUUAUUCUCUAAGCAUAUAAAUGCCAUGUUUAUAGAGGUGGACUCCUGUCUUCUAGAACAUCUUAGCCAUAUGUCACAGGCCAGAUGGGCACUCUGAGUGUGUCAAUUUUAUCACAGGCCAACUGGGCUGUUUGAUUCAGUUUUGGAUCGAGGAGGCAAAGUUGGGAGUGGAAUAAAGGCAAAUUUAUUAUAGCUUACACACACACAACAGUUAACAGAAAGAUAAAUGUGAUAAGCAGAUAAGACAGUAUAAAAGAGCUAAUAGUAAAUAAUAACAACAGAUAAUAACAGAUAGAUAGAUCAAUCUGUCACAGGCCAACUGGGCACUGCGAGGGUAUUAGCCACACUGGGCUGUUCAAAACAACAAAUAGACAGACAUGGGUUGGCAACUUAUCGAUAGUCCCUCAAUGCCAGGUGCAUGCUAAGUGAUUCCAGCGAAGUCAAGCAUCCCUGAUGAUCGACGCUGUCAGAGGGAUUACCGGGAAAGGUCCCUUGAUCAGGAUCUGAUCCUCACUCACACCGGGAGUCUGGGGUCCGGCGUGGAACAGAAAUGACCGUUCUGUUCCCUCCUUCCUGCUGGUUACCUGAUGCAUGUGUUUUUUUAUACCUAGUCUUAUGUUAAUCUGUUGACCUCAGGGCCACUCACAAUGUUGCCCUAUAGCUGUUACCCUAUGGGAUUGAAAGGUGUUAAAAUUAUCAUAAAAGGUUACUACCCAGACUCAGGUUUAUCCAAUAAGCAAAUUAUGAUGCAGCACCUUUAGGUCUGAAAUUGACAUCACUCCGCCUAAAUUCCAACCCCUUUUAGGCUUCAUUUGAAUAUGCUUUCUUGGGAUAUGCUUUCCUGGAAUGUGUUGGGUGUGCCAAGCAGUUAGAUCCAGUUUUUAUCACUGAGGCUGAACCCUGAGCGAAAAACUGUUAGGCCAGCUAAUCUCACAGCUACAGCUUUGCCUAUGGGGCCCAGUCAGUUCUACGAACAGUUAAUUUAUCAUUUUGGAUAAACUUAUGACAGACAAGUUAUAGCUGCAGUUUACAGACUUACAAGCUUAUAUUAACUAAUAUUACCUGUUUAGGCAAAAUACCAAAUGCCUCCAAGAAGCACAUAUUAUUGCUUAUUAAUCCCUCUGGUUGUGGCUGUCACAGUCCACCCCUUGCUUCUUUGGAGCAUUUGGUAAAGCCUACAAAUAUGAUUUCUGCCAGGUGUUGUAUACAUGGUUGGCAGAAGCAACAACAUUUACUUUGGCAUAGGUUUUGGACUUAAUUUUAUAACAGCAACAUUUAAAGAUUAUAUUGAAUAAUAUGAUUCCUGUGACUAAACUUACUACUACUACAAACCAAGGAAAAGGAGCACCUUUAGUAAAGGUGUACAUUUGCACAGUACAGACCACUUCAUACCAUUUACACAGCAGGGGAAUAUUAGUAGCACAUUUAAUAAUUCUCCCUCCCCCUUGAGCUAUGAGGGCAAGUUGUUUUCCUUUUUGGGCAUCUUCAAACAAACCUUUAAUGUAGGUCACUACUUCACCCCAUCCCUUUAAGCUGGGGCAUGUCUAUAUCUUUCACCCAGGAUUUUGGAAGACUUAGGUUAAGGGUGACACUUUCUAAUUGGGUUUUUGGCCACAUUAAGGUGGUUUCCUGGUCAUGGACAUAUAGGGUAGCUAAUGCCCCUUGGAAAUCUUGAGCCUCUGCACAACAGCUGGUUCAGGAGGUCCAAAAUGUGCUGUUAGGAUGAUAUAAGCAGCCAGGACCUUCCCAGCAAACUUGUUGGGCUAGGGUAAUAUAGGGAGUUGCUGGUAGGGGUGUCGCACAAACCAUGUUGGGGGGACUAUUGGGCCACCCUCUCCAUAAAGUUCCCAAGCCUAUUAGAAUGCCAUUUACAGGGUACACCGGGGAUUGGGCCAAAUACUUGGAACCUUCGGGGGUUACAAUUUCCCAAAUGGGACAGUGUAAAUCCCAGUCCCACAUGCACCCACCUCCUAGUCCUGUUGUCAAGAGGUGAGCGGUGGACCAUGUGCUAUUUGCUACCCCGUGUACGAUGAAAAAGCAUUUUGUCUUGCUGCACCCCUCCCAGCAUGUGCUCCAUGUGUCUCAGUAAACUAACUGUUGGGCUAAAGCUGGGGGUAGUCCGUGGUGCUCUAAGCCAGAAGGUCAUUCUUUAUGUCUGAGAUCACUCAUAACCUUCAUUUUUCCCAGGUAAAGUGAAAGCUGCACUUGGGCAAAAGCAGUGCUCCAGGUUUGAUUAGCAUCGGCUUGGAAGGCUGCAUGCAUCAAAAGGUGACUUAUUUGUGCUGCUUUUCGGCCAAUGAUUGCCACUAACUCAUCAGUGUAUUCUAAAGCCAUGUUAUCAAUCGUACCUCCCUUAGUGAGAAAACCUAUGGCUCGCCGUAUAUCCAUGAUUCCUUGGGUAUUUUUCUGGGAUUUAUCUAUGUUCCAAACUCCCGUGGCUGAAUUGAGCCCAUUCCACACAUGGUCUAGGGUAUCCCUCUUUUUCCGGGUGAUUAGAGGCUGAGCUGCGGGUUGGAAAACAGUUGGCCAGGCCCAGUGCAGCAUAUUUUCUGCCAACCGAGUGCCAGCAGAGCAGUUAGGAAAUGCUGUUCUGAUAAACCAUUGCUUGGGGUUAAAUGUGAUACGGGCAUUGAACGAGGAAGCAUUAAGGAGGACCAGAGCCUUGGUUUGGGACCUCCACCAGCGAGUGACGUUAGAUAAGCGAGGUAGCAGAUACAGCUGUGGUAGCUUCUUUUGGAUUAGCAACGUACAUCCCUGCUUAAUGCAAAAAACGGCUAGGGGUUCUCCUGUUCCGGUGUUUAACUAUCUUCCUUCUUCCUCUUGGGAUUGGUAAGUCUCCCAGUCGGGUUGGUCGAAGGAGCACAUUCGCUUGGGUGUGUCCCCAUCUGUAUACUUAAAUGCACGCUGCCCAGGUACAACUAUGGCUUUGGUUUCUUGCAGAAAUAAUUCUGGCACAGUGCCCCCACCAUGGGCUUGGCCAGUUGUUCUGGGUUGACCAGGGCUGCGCCCUGCAGAUUUUCCCAGACUGAUUGGCGAUAUGCAGUUAUUGUAUAUUCAAUUCCGUGAGCGAUCCCUCCUUCAUCCAUGUGGCUGAACCACAAAAUACCCGGAACGUGGGACGUGUUGGCCUCCCAUUCCGUGGACCACCAGUUGAGAGCAUAAGAGCCAUUUUUAAACCAGCACAGUACCUUGCUGUAUCUGGAGGACCGGUGUAUUUGGUGAGCUGUACACCAUUGUGCCAAAGUGUCAUCGGGCAGGGGAAUUGCUGGAGCUAUCGUCUCCCAUGAGGGUGGGGUUGAAGGUUUCAGUUGCCUCCUUGGGCUCCAGGUGGUUGUAGAAUUUUGAACUGCAGGUGGGAUUGCGGCAGUGGUCAUGUCGGGACCCAGGGUGGGCAGCACACCUGCAGGCAAAACAUAACGGCACCAGGGCCAUUGGAAGAAACCACAACAAUCUCCCCCUGUCCCACACUUGUUUUUCCUGAUCCUGGCAUAUGGGAGGAAACCAAGCAAACCACUCUGUCCCACAGUAACAUUGACAGAUUCCCCCUUGCCAGUCCACAAUCCAUCGUCAGCGACUGAAAGGCCAGUUUCGCACUUCUUUGAUCAUGGCUGGGUGUUCCCAGUAUCCCUGCGUGUCUGAGGCUUUGGCAGUGGGUGUGAUCCAGGGCGCGGGAACAUGUGAAUGCCCCACAGUAAUCAAACAGUAGCAAACGACCAGCAGUCCCAUCAUAAUGGCAUUCCACCCCUUCAUUAUUAGGUGAGGGUGGUGGCGUCACUGGAGCAGGGUGAUGAUUUCAGGCCACCUCAUAGAUUGGCCAAAUGCAGUGCCUGCAGCCUGGCAGUGCUACCUCUUGGACUCAGUGCACUGUCAUACACUGACAAUUGAAGCAUGGACAUUUGUCCUCCAGGUUGCUUGCUGUGAAGCUGAUCUUAUUUGGUUAGGAGAGAAACACCUAAGUGAGAUCUGUUUUGGUGGGGUUCACUUGUACCAGUGGAGCACUUAGAGAGGUUUUUCAUGGUGGCUUGAGGCAGCUACAGCAUCUUCCUCCCCAGCCCUUCCUUCCUCUUCCACUGCAGCCAGCCAGUAAUUGUGGCUAAGGUGCUGAAACAACUUCCCCUCUCCCUCCUUCAAAAAAUGAAUACUGGUGGAGAUAAGUAUUUUUCCAUCUUUUGUCUGCCAUUUGGCUGUAGGCCUUAAUUCCAUGUGGCCCCCAAGUGGGUGCUCACAAGCACUGUGGGCCAUCAGCCAUUUCCUUUGGGCAAUGAUGAAUGUUUAUAAAAUGUAAAUAAAAUAUUAAAAAAAAAUCUAUCCAUCCAGUUCA